AUCCCACAAUGCUGUGGUGUUAGGAACCACUGUCGCCACUGGUGUGGUAACAGCAGAGAGAGUGGACCAGAGCUUAUGAAUUGAGAUUACAUUUUCUGUGUAGUUCUAGUUUGUAAAUGACAGAAUAUAUAUUCAUUUUAAGAGAUGGGUCAUCACAGGUAAAGCGCAGGUAUCCCAGUAGCUCUGUGAAUGAUUUAUGAAAGGAAGCAAAUGGAUUAGCGCUAAAAAGUUAGGCCUACACCUGACUCGAGACGUUUUCACCGAGAAACGCGUUGCAUUUCUGUGUUCAUAACACGACGUCUGUCAAUUACGCUUCAAAUUUCUGAAAUGCAUAAUAAAAAACUAAGAAGAACUGGUGUGGAAUUACAAAUUUGCGACCGACUGAAGCAUCAUCAUAUCGAAACAUGCCAGGACUUGCUGUCUCUCACGCCUUUGGAGGUCAUGCGCUUGGCGGGACAGAGCUACUGUCAGUCUUUGCAGUUGUUGAAGUCGGUCAGCCUGGCUUGCGCUCCUAAGAUCAUUCCGGCCCUGGAGCUGUGGAGCCAGAGGAAGGACCUAUGCUUCUCCACGUCACUGUCUGAACUAGAUCGCCUGCUUCAUGGAGGCCUGCCCCGAGGAACCAUCACUGAGGUGACUGGUCCAUCGGGCUGUGGGAAGACCCAGAUGUGCAUGAUGUUGAGUGUCCUGGCUACUCUGCCCCGCAGCCUGGGUGGCCUGGACAGUGGAGUCAUUUACAUCGACACAGAGGCUGCCUUCAGCGCAGAGAGGCUACUGGAGAUUGCCCAGAGUCGUUUCCCAGUCUACUUCUCGGUGCCAGAGCGGCUGUUGGAGACUGCGGGGCGCGUUCACCUGUUCAAGGAGCUCACCUGCCAGGAGGUGCUCACCAGGCUGGAUCGUCUGGAGGAGGACAUCAUCUCGUGUGGCGCGGGGCUGGUCAUCCUGGACUCGGUGGCCUCUGUGGUGCGUAAGGAGUUCGACACGUCCCUGUUGGGCAACCUGACGCAGCGCGCCAACCUGCUGGGCCGCCAGGCUGCCACCCUCAAGUACCUGGCACAGGAGUUCCGCAUGCCUGUAGUGGUCACCAAUCAAAUCACCACACACUUGAGUGAGAGAGCUGCGCCAUCCUCUCUUGGAACACCUGCUGAGGGGGACUCUGCUUACGUGACGGCAGCCCUGGGGAACACCUGGAGUCACAACGUCAACACCCGCCUCAUCGUCCAGUAUGUGGACGCCCAACUGAGACAGAUCAUCAUCGCAAAGUCCCCAGUGGCCCCGUUUGCAGUGCUCAACUAUACAAUCCAGGCGGAGGGCAUUCGACUAGCAGGUAACUCAAGGAACGAUGUGACAUCAUCUGCCCAAGGCACGGACCCGGGCCGGCAACCAAUCAGAGUGCGGACGGGUUUCGACUACCGGCUGACCGGAGCCAUGCCACUAGAGCCCUGACCUGAGCCAUUGUCAACUCUCCUAGUGGAGAGCCGUCAGAAAUGAACCAGGAUCUGUGACUCUCACCUGCGUCUCCAGCCAGACCAUCAGCUGAUGAUGUUGGGUUUGGAGGGCCCUGCACUCAGAUAACCUGCCGGUGACAUGCGGAAUAAAUGAACCCUUUAUUACACAGGUCAUGGGGGAGGGGGUGGGGGGGUAUAAAGAAAAGAGAAGCCCAGCCAAGGCUGUUUAGAUUUCAUUUAUCUAUCUAGCAUGAAUCAAGGGAUGGGAAAGGAAAGAAAGGAAAUGGAAAGAAGAGGGUGGGAGGUUGAAGGCGUGCCGUGAGAGAGUCUAGAGGUGGGUCACGGCCUCACUGGGUUUUACCGUCAGCCUAGACGGUGAGUCACUCCUUAUUGUAAAGGGAGGGUCAACAUUGCUUACGGUGAUUUAGAGCAGAGAUAAACGGGGGAGCGCGGCGGUGUGGAGGCUAAUUCAGAUUAAAAAUUAAUUUACACAAAGAGCACAAGGUCAGUGCAUAGGAUGGAUGGGGUCUGGAUGGGGUCAGUCGGUCGAUGUAGGGCUUAGAAUGGGUGCAUCUACGGACGGAACAUUAAGACGUUAUACAUUUAAUUUACGUUAUAUUACUAAUUACAAUUAUAACCGUUCAAUGUACUGUGUAUGUAUGUUACUGUAAGUAGGUUUAAGUUUGAGCUUGUGUUUCAUUUCAUGAAUGAUAUUGCUUCCAUUACUAAAGGAAUACAGUAUUUAAAAUCAAACAAUUUGUGUUGUUAGUGCCUUUGUUCUUUUUGUUCCGGAUUAAUAAAAUUAUCAUCAGC